AUGCCAUCCUUCCCACGCUGCGAAGAGUGCGAGGAUGUAUUCCAAGGAAGGUAUGAUGUCGUUGAUGUUCUUGGUCAAGGAUCCUUUGGCAUCGUGUUCCAGGCGCAGAGGAAAAAUGACAGGGAGCUUAGAGCUGUGAAGAGGCUUGACUUGGAUUCAGCCACUCUCCCUCGUGCUGCACGUGAAGUUACAACUAUCACAUCAAUCGGUCGUCACUCUGGCUACAUUUUCUUUGAUGAAGUGUUUUGGAAAGAGCACAAGACGGGCUCGGCAGGACAUAUGUACAUUUGCAUGGAGCUCUGUGAGCAGAACACCUUGAAGGAUUGGAUUAAAGGGAAUCGAACGGCAAGAAGUCGACCCUGGAUGUUGAUGAAAGACUGGAUAAAGCAGCUCGCGUGUGCUUUGGAUCAUCUUCACUCCAAUAACUUUAUUCAUAGAGAUUUGAAGCCAGAGAAUGUAUUUUUUGCAAGAGAUUCGCAGUUUAAGAAGUUGAAGAUUGGGGAUUUUGGUCUGACCACAAGGGCAAUUGAAGGGCUGAAAGAUUGGAAGCAAAGAACACAAUCCCAAGAGGCCGGUCAAAACCACACAGCGGGGGCGGGUACGCCCAGUUACAUGGCGCCUGAACAAAUCCGCAACCAGUACAACGAGAAAGUGGAUAUCUUCGCGCUGGGGCUAAUCGCGGCUGAGCUCAUCAUCAUCAAUACGCCAAGCGACGAAAUGGGCACCAACGAUAUUAUUCGGAGCGGGCAGUGGCCGAUCGCGUGGCAGGAUUAUCCGGAUGCGAUCGAAUUCCUUUCCCAACUCACCCAUAUGAACCCAACAAUGCGCCCGUCAGCAGUGGAAGUGUCCAUGCAUCCAUUUGUACAGUAA